GCGCCACGAGUCGUACGGCGGCUCCGUCCCCGGCAUAAAUACAGCCUUUAUUCGGUGGCUACUGUGCGCGCAGUGACGUCACGAGGUAUGGGGUGUGCGAGAUACCGGGGCGCGCAGGCGCAGCCGCCGCGAUGACCGCGCUUCUGCGCAUCUCUCGCCUCGCAUGGACCAUAUGUGUUGUACUGUGCGUCAGCAGCGAAUGUGCGGCGCGGCGCGAGGGUCUGCGGCUGGCGCGGCUUGCCAACUCCUCGCUCACCUGCAACGAUGGCUCGCCGGCCGGGUUUUAUUUUCGGCGCGGCAGCAACAGUCAGCACUGGGUGGUGUAUCUGGAGGGCGGCGGUUACUGCUGGGACGAGGCGUCGUGUGCAGCGCGCUGGCGGCGCCGGCCCGGCCUCAUGUCUUCUGCGCGCUGGCCGCGAGCGCGCCGGCCGCCUGCGCUGCUCUCCGCUGAUCCCACUGCCAACCCGCUGUGGCACGCCUCCAAUCAUGUCCUGUUGCCGUACUGCUCUAGCGACAUGUGGGCCGGUACUCGACUCACAGCGGUGAACGGUAGUUUUAUUUUCGCCGGCCGUCUCAUAGUCCGCUCGGUGCUGGCCGACCUUCUUAAACUUGGUCUGGCAGGACGACUGCUGCUCGUCGGAUCUAGCGCCGGUGGAGCUGGAGUGAUGCUGAACGCGGAUGCUAUUAGAAGGGCACUCAGACCGCAUGGGGUGCGAGUCGCUGCGAUCGCCGAUUCGGGCUGGUUCCUUGAUCGACCAGCAAAAGGUCGACGCUCGUUUUCGACGGACGCAGUUGCCAGAUUAGGACACUCGUAUUGGCGUGGUUCUCCGCCAACUUCUUGUGUACGCGAGUUUUCCGAAAAGCCAUGGCUAUGUUACUUCGGAUAUCGCUUAUACCCUUACAUACGAACGCCUCUAUUUGUGUUUCAAUAUCUGUUCGAUUCCGCGCAACUGACGGCGGAAGGGGUUCGCGCGCCCCGGACACGCGCUCAGUGGGACGACGUGCAUCAGACGGGAGCGGCGUUGCGGUCCAGCCUGAAGACGGUCAGAUCGACGUUCGCACCGGCCUGCAUAGCUCACGGUGCACUGGCUCGGCCCGAGUGGCUGGCGAUCAACGUCUCUGGCGUGACGCUGCCUCAAGCGAUCUCAUGCUGGGAGCGUCGGUUGGAGAGAGGUACCCGUGAGAGGGUGCGGUGCGCGCCGCGAAGGCUAAUUGAGCGGUGUUCGUGGCCGCAGUGCAACGGAUCGUGUCCGCGGCUGCGGGACCCGCGCACGGGCGAGGAGGUGGCGCUGGCGGCGCUGCUGCAGAGCUUCGGGUUGGAUGUGCGCGGUGCGGCCGCCGCCAUGGGACUAGACGCGCGCCAGCUAGCACGCAUGAGCCGCGCUGAGCUCCUGCCGCUCCUAGCGCCGCACACCUGACACGGGCCUUCACUAUACAAUUUUAGUGCAAACGCACUGUAAAUCUACCUCGUUUAUUACAAGUACAAGUAUUUUUAAUGUUUAGGUACUAUUUAUUAAUAUUAGUGGUAUGCUUAUUUGAAUAAGU